GACCGGAGCUCAUCCGACUCGCCAGUCUCAUCAUUAAACAGCCCUAGGACGACUCGAUUUGUCGAGGCAACAACCGUCCAUUCUCCCAUCGAUACCAAUGAUUCGAGGAGAUCGCCUUUCGCGGACCCUCCCAAUCAGCAGAAAACACCCCCCGAUGUGUCGGAUCUAGGCUUCGGCUAUGUCGCUGCCAGUGACCCAGCUCAACAUGCGUCGCACCACCAGCCUCCUCCGGGCUCGCCCCUCAAGAGUGCGAUGAAGGUGCCAGGAACACCCGGACGCACAUUGAACCCUCUGAGCCCGACAUUCCGGGAAGAGUUCUUUGUCGAGAAGCAUGAUCAACUCGCAGACAAGGAAAACGCCAGAGACGUGAAAAUCAAACUGCGUGUCCGGUUAGCCAAGAUCUUCCUCCGUUUCAUCAACUUUGGCUGCAGUCUCAUCGUCCUCGCAAUCCUGGCAACCACCUUGACCGUCUUCAACGCAACAAAAGCUCUCCCUUCUCGAAAUGACCUCCCCGCCUGGGCAGAAGGCACAAAUCCAUGGGCCCAGUACCUCCUCCUGGUCGUCGCAUGCGUCUCCCUCUUCGCCUGUAUAAUGGUCUUCUGGGGCUACUUCCGGGGCGGCCACAAACGCGCCGAGAAAAUGGCCCUCUACGGCACACUAUUCUCCAUCGGCUUCUUCUUCUUCAGCAUGAUCAUGUGGAUCGUCUCCGCAGCCAUCUACCAAUCCUCCAAAGCCAACGGUGAUGGCCAGGACAUGUGGGGAUGGUCCUGCAACCAGAACCUGCGAGAGAAGCUCUUCCACGAAGAAAUCGACUACGCUCUCCUCUGCCGUCUCCAGGACUGGGGUCUCGUCUGUGCCAUCAUCGAAAUCGUCAUUGAAGUCCUCGUCAUCCUCAUCUACGCCGUCGUCUUCUACCGCUUCAUCACAAAGCGACGACUUGCCAAGUCCAUGGACCGUCGCGAAAAAGCCCGCUCCCAACUCCACCUCGCACAGCGCUUCCAGUCCGCCCCGAACACCCCAGGUUUCGGUCCCGGCACACCUUAUGGCUUCCCCCAAGCCCCCAAAUCCCCAUGGGUCUCUUCCCAACCGCAAGACCCCUACUCGACCGCAGAAAACGGCGAACACGGCGUCGGGCCCGGCGCCCACGACGACCGUACAAUCCAAUACGCAACCCCGCGCUCCCCAACAAGACCCCAGCCAACCUUCCAGCUCCAACCGCCUCCCAUCCGUGUCCAGAAUGCUACCCCCAAGACAGACCAGGGCGGAUGGCCUGCUCCUGCGCCUGCGCCG